UCAGGGGUGGGAGUGGAUGCUCGUGGAAGUCAGGAUGGGAUAAUCCUGCGUGUCUGGCUGCGGGCGUUGAUGCAGCUGCCGUUGCUGGAUCCGGACUGGGCUCGGUGCAUUGGGUGGGUCUAGUUCCUGACCGGAGCGUCUGUGUCUCUGGACCACAUGUCGAUGGUAUCAAGUGGAAGAAGAAAGACGAGGGCGACGGUCGUGAGAGGAGUUGGUGCAGUUUUCUGAAAACGUCCAGGCGAAGAAACAUCGACCGUUUUCGCCGAUGGAGAACAGAAUCGGCCGGUGGUAAUAAAAGCGCAGCGCCGGUGUGGAAUAACUUGGAGCAGCAGAGACGAGGACGCGGAGGAUUAAGAAAGGAGCACAUUUCUUGUUUUAUUCAUGGUUUUCUAAACCGGGAUAGGAGCUGAAACGCGUCUGGAAAGAAGGGAUCACUUUUGCAUCGGUAAUUAGAGGAGAGGACAGCCUCCUUGGAGCGAGCGGCAGCCGCAUCCGACACACGGCGGGGUGGGUGGGGGGGGGACACUUGGAUGGAGAGGGCGCAGUGAUCGGGCUGAGAGAGAGCCGCUUGCCGGGUGUAAGGAGGGCAGUGAGACCGGGUAGUUUGGAGGCACGGGGAGCCAGGUGCGGCGAGGCAGCGGCUCCAUGAGCUGCUCCUGCCGGGACAGAGCGCCCAGAGCCCAGCCGGAGCGUCUGCACCGCCGCGGGUAAAAAGCCCCGGGGCCACAGGACGGCGGCCAGUUUGGAAGUUUUGAUGCAUAUGAUCACAACCACCAUGAUUUUUAUGAUUCUUGGUGCUUCAGUUGUAAUGGCGAUAGCCUGUUUAAUGGACAUGAACGCACUACUGGAUCGCUUUCACAACUACAUCUUACCGCAUCUACGAGGGGAGGACCGCGUCUGUCACUGCAACUGUGGGAGACAUCAUGUCCACUAUGUAAUCCCAUAUGAUGGGGACCAUUCGUUGGUGGACUCAUCAGAGAACUACUUUGUGAGUGACAGUGUGACCAAGCAGGAGAUGGACUUGAUGCUCGGGCUGCUGCUGGGCUUCUGUAUUAGCUGGCUGCUGCUGUGGCUGGACGGAGUCCUACACUGUGCCGUCAGGGCCUGGAGGGCGAGCCGCUACUACGAUACCCCGUCCUGGUCAUGGUUGCCGCAGUUCUGCAACCUGCGGGACCUUCGUCGUCGAGCCCAGCUCCGACAAAUGGAGGACUCCAGCGGCAACAUGGUCCACAUCAAACAGAAGCUCUACCACAACGGCCACCCCAGUCCCCGUCACCUCUGACUCUAAGAAACAAACAAACAAAAAACAAAAAAAUCUCAGUCCCCGUCUCUAAAACACACCCUCCUUUUCCCUCACUUAUCUUUCCAAACAGCUCGUUGGCCAGCGAUUGCCUCAGAGACCCUGGAAACUGCCCUCCACUCGUCAUAACACGGCCCAGUUAAACCUCCGUGACAGGGCUUUAUUAUGACUAAAAUCCAGCACCUGUCAGCACAGGUAUAAAAAAUUUAAAAAAAUCCCAAAACGGAGCGAGAUGACGAUUAUUUGUUGCCAAUGAAAUCUUGUCUUAUGUCCAUGUCCACCAUUGUGGGAGAAAGAAGGAAAAAAAAAACAUUUUUAAGGGUGUUUUUUCUGUAUAGGGACAUUUUCUGUGUUCAUUGUUAAACUUGGCAUGCUCUUUUAGAACAGGGUAAGAUGUGGGCAGUGUAUGGAAUGGGGUGGCAAGAUGGGUGUCUUGAUGUUUUUUUUCUCUGAUGGGUGGGAGGGGGACUUUGUUGGUGUGGGGAGGGGGGAAUGAAACUGUUGGGUGGGUGGAUUUUUGUGAUAGUUAGAUUGCUGCUUCUGUAAAUAGUUAUAAAUAUGGGCAAAUGGGAUUUGACUGUCUUUAAGAGGGGGGUAUGUUGUAGUGGUGGUGGGGUGUGGGGGGGUUUGGUGUGAGUUGGUUAUCAAAAGAAAAGCAGUGGAAGGCGUGUGUGGGUAAGGAUUGUCAAGAAUGAGACAGAAGGACGAGUCUGUUUGGAAACUUGGAUGUGAAACCAUGUGAUUUCUGCUAAAACACAGAUUAAUUAGCUUUGUUACUUAGUGAAUUAACUGAAUGUAUUAAUUUUUUUCUGUAAAUAUGUGAGGGGGAGGGGAGCGUGUACAGUUGUGGUCUGGGUUCUCUUCGCUGCUUCAUCAUGCUAUCACAGACAUGAGAGUGAACAAAUGAAUGCCAGCCAAGAUGAGUCAACAGGUACACACACACACACACACACACACAUAUACACACGCACACACAGAGAGAUCCCUCUUCAUCGUCCCCGCACUGAGCUCAGCAGCACAGUUCAAUUUUUCUUUAUCCAAUUCCUUCUCACUUAUCAGGAGCAACCAGCCUAUCAGCAGAGGGAACCCUCACCCGGCCCCCCCUCGCCCUCUCUGUCCAGACAUUGCUGUUGUGAGGAUGAAAUGUCUGUUUUAUUAAAAGUGCCAUUGAAGCACAACAGUGA